ACAAAGGACGAUUUCACAGUUUACGAGACAGCUUUAGCCCAAAGUCGGGCUUGUCCAAUAAUAGAAGAGCCAAUGUACAUUUCUACCAUGCACGUCUUACUUUAUGUUCAAGUUAUCCUGUUUAUUUUAUAAGUCCUGCUUCAUGACAGGGGAUCCUCAGGGGCGUCGACAACAACAACAACAACAACAACAGCGCUACUUCCGGUUCGCUGUUUCGCUAGACGCUAACGGAGAGCAUCCUUUCUAAAAGAGCACAAAGCUGGCGUUUUAGAUCUAGAUGACACAUUUUGAUGAGUUCGGAAGAGAGGAUAGUACUAGACCCUGUUUACGACCCAUCACGGUACCAAUUAAAGGCUGUUCUGACUCGCGUUUAAGGAUUCAGCGUUGAAGGCAGCCGGCUGUCUGCGUGGGAGGGAGUAUGAGUGAGGUGGAGGUGUUUCAUGAGAAGCAGAGGUUGGAGCUGUGUGCCAUCCACGCCCUAAACAACGUCCUCCAGGAGAGAGUGUUCACUAAAGAAACAGCGGAUGAAAUCUGCAAGCGCCUUGCCCCGCAGUGUGUGGUGAACCCGCACCGCUCCGUUUUGGGGACGGGGAACUACGACGUGAACGUGAUCAUGGCAGCGCUCCAGAGCCGCGGACUGGCCGCAGUUUGGUGGGACAAACGAAGGUCAGUGCAGAGUUUGUGUCUGGACAAAGUGCAGGGAUUCAUUUUAAACGUGCCGUCGCGAGUUUCUCUGGGAAUCGUGUCCCUCCCGCUGAGACGCAGGCACUGGCUGGCCGUGCGGCAGGUUAACGGACACUACUACAACCUGGACUCUAAACUAAAGGGUCCCGUCUGCAUCGGAGGAGAAACAGAACUCAGGUCGUUCCUCAGUGAGCAGCUGUCUCAGGACGUGGCGGAGAUGCUCCUUGUAGUCCAGAGAGAAGUGGAGGAUGAUGGGACGUGGCUGGUUGCGGAGGACUCCAGGAAGUGAUGUAUCUCAGGACAGGAAGUUGUCUGUGCAUUCAGGCUGCAUGUGCGCAGGGAGGCCAUGUGGGGACACAGAGGGGCUUCAGGCUGUUUGUGAUAAGCCCCCCCCCACCCCCACCCCCCCCCCCCCCCCCCACGCAGACCAUCACUACCAAAGAACGAAGGAUUAAUGGAGAGAGAGAAAGAGAGGGGUCGAGAGAGGUGCGCUGUGGUGAAUAAAGGGCCGUCUCUCUCUCCGCCUGCAGGACCUCCGUCUCCGAUUCUGUUUAUUAGAGUGGACUCAGGACCCGCGACACUACCACUGUUACAGCAACGCUCUCUCUCUCUCUCUCUCUCUCUGUCUCUCUCUCUCUCUCUCUCUCUCUCUCUCUCUCUCUCUCUCUCUCUCUC